GUACACAUCACUAUAAUACUAUAUCACUCCUCUUUCUCUGCAUUGCGAGCCGCCCAUCGCCUCCAGAUCACAGCGGAUUCCGGCAUCGCUUAACCUCUUCAGGCACCAAGCUGUACUUCUGCUCCAAAUUGCAGCCGAAGCAACUGCCAGCGCUAUGGUGAAGUACUCAAGAGAGCCCGACAAUCCCACCAAGUCCUGCAAAGCCAGGGGCUCAGAUCUCAGGGUUCAUUUCAAGAACACUAGGGAAACCGCUCAUGCUAUCAGGAAGUUGCCUUUAGACAAGGCUAAAAGGUAUUUGGAAGAUGUUUUGGUCCACAAGCAAGCCAUUCCCUUCACCCGUUUCUGUCGAGGUGUGGGGCGAACUGCACAGGCAAAGAACAGACAUCCUAAUGGACAAGGACGUUGGCCUGUGAAAUCUGCUAGGUUUAUUCUUGAUUUACUCAAGAAUGCUGAAAGCAAUGCUGAGGUGAAAGGAUUGGAUGUGGAUUCACUAUUCAUUUCCCACAUUCAAGUUAACCAAGCACAGAAGCAAAGGCGUCGCACAUACCGUGCUCAUGGAAGAAUUAACCCUUACAUGUCAUCCCCCUGCCAUAUCGAAUUGAUCUUGUCUGAAAAGGAAGAGCCUGUCAAAAAAGAGCCCGAAACCCAGUUAGCAACCAGCAAAUCUCGGAAGGCUUAGGUUUGCAGUCAUACAAUAGAGGAUUUGAAUCCAUUUUGCGCAUUCCAUCUGAACUAGUUUCUUAGUUUUUUCCUUAUGAAUGGAUUUUAUGCAUUGCCCUUAAUUGCAUUUUUGUUUCUAUUAUCAAGAUUCUAGACUGCUGUUAUAUGACUAUGGCCAAAACUUUUUCUAUCCUUUUUGGACUUUACAUUCUUAACCUUUUA